AAAAUGGUUAAAAUGUUUAUUUCUAUAAGUUUUUUAUUAUUCAGUGCUAUCCUAGUAAAUAUAAAUGGGCCAGUCGGCCCCAAUCAUUGACUUCCGGACUAAUAAAACAUUGACAAUAAGUACGAACCAAUUGUAUGGCUUUCAAAACCAAGCCUCUCAACAAUAUAUGACACAAUGCCUUCAGGGGGCGACUGCCAACCCCACCUCACCCCCUAAGACUAACUCCACGUUUUGGUACGUAUUUGAGAAGCUGACGGCCCCGGCGGGCAAUUACUACCGGAUUAGACACCCAGACCCUACACUCAAGUGUCAACAAGUGUGCAAAAUAUCGGCCGCACCUACCCGUGGAUACGUAAUGAUGUUUAACAGAGACUGCGGUCAGACA